CUCGGCUUUUUCCGGAGACAUUGGGCGACAGGGAUUGCCAUGGUUGCCGCCUUUCGGCAGUUUCCGUGCAUUGACUGACACAAAGGGGGUCUGACUGCGAUGUUGAGUGUGGGGCCUCCGCUCCAGCGCCGGGCGGCGGCGGCGGUGGGAGGAUGAUGAUGAGCGGGGCUGCAGAGAGCGGUCGGAGGGGGCCACUGGCCGAAAAGGCUUUGUCCGAGUCCUACGGGCGGCUCCGUUACAACGACACGUCGCUGGUGAUCUGGACGCAACAGCAACAGGAGCUGGAGAAGCGGGCGCUGGGCUCGGGGCCCGGACCCGGGGCGGACAGUUUCCUGGGCCGAAGCCAGAGCAUGUGGUACCGACAGUACGGAAACCAACCCGUGCUGAUCCAGGACAAGAGCAAAGUGGUCCCGGGCCCGGCCCGCUCCCAGUUCUGUUCGCUCAUGUGAAAGGAAUUCGGGGUUUUACAAUGGGUGGGCCCUCGGCCGGAGUUUUAUCCACGACCAGGGGAAUCAUCUAUCCGCGUUUGACCCUUGCAAAGCAAUGGACUCAAUCAGCCAGCGGCGUUGUUGGAUCCGGAUAGCUGGCGACGAAGGAUCUCGACUCCAAAAGUCACCUCUUCCUAAAAUUCCCCAGAGAGACGUUACUCUGGGUUACUCCAGUAUUCUGUGUCUAUCUCUGGCGCUCUCAAUUCUGCACCAAAUGAUACAACUCUGCCCUUGAAUCAGCUCACCCUUGUGUCUUCACAUCCGAGGUCCAUUCAUUGGAGCAACCCCCGUCCCGUGUGUGUGUGUGUGUGUGUCAUCUCACUCACAGUGGCCGUCUACAACGGGGGAUCAACCAGCACCUGGAGUAACGUGGCUCUGGGUCACUCCGGAUCCAGCACUAACCCGUUUCAACUCGUCGUCGUGAUAAAUCGACAACCCACCUGGUCGGUUGCUUUGGAUUAUAGAACCCUUCAGCGUUUAUAAUUGGCUCAGAUAUGAACCGGUCAGUGGGGUUUCAGUCGGAUGCAGGGAUUCCGCAGCUAAUGAUAAACAACGAACAAGCCAAUUAUAAUCUGUGGCCGAAGCACUCGUUCAUCCACCCACCAACAGCUAUUAACUGUGUAUUUAUUUAUUUAUUUGUGUGUGUGUGUGGUGUGUGUUUAUUUAUUUAUUUGUAGAUUGUCACUGGCUGAAUGGAUGACCCACUAUAACAGUGGUCAUGUGGAACUGGGGGUAUUUAAAAACAAAUUAAAAGCGGCGACACGAGAGGAAAGUCAGGUCUGAAGCACUAGAAGUUUUUAAGAAGGGACUGCAGAUGUUGGAAAAUCGAAGGUACACAAAAAUGCUGGAGAAACUCAGCGGGUGCAGCAGCAUCUAUGGAGCGAAGGAAAUA